AUGGGGGACUGUGGCGAUGAGCUCUUCAAGGAGCUUGAAAGCACAUACUGUCCACCGAUUGAUCCUGCACUGUUCGUUGCGAUCGUAUCAGACUUUGACCUGGCGAUCCCCACUCAGGUCGAACAGUUACGCGAAACCCUGGACGUGCUGAACGCAUCUGCUGUUGAGCAAGAAAACUUGCCAUUUGACCCCACAGGUACAACCAACCUUCGAAACUCCGAUGUCUCAGGCUCUUUGAUCGGCGAAUCGUCUGACGAUGCAUCCUCGAAUUUUACAAGCUGGCCAUCGCUUGAAAAUUAUGAACAGGAGAAUGGCGACUCCAACAGCACCAGCCGCGAAGCUGAAAGGAUCAAAGGCUCCAAGCUUGCAUAUACCUUUUUGGGUAUGACAACUGCAGACAAGGCACAGAACUUGAUUAGCAUGUUCCCAACUAUUACUCGUCUGGAAGCUGAGCGUAUCCUCGAAGAUUGUCAUGACAACCUCAGCCGCUCGAUGGACGUCUUGCUCAAUCUUGCUUUCAUUGAAGAGACACAAAUUGCCAGAGAAAUUCCCCAACAGACCCCGAAGGAGGCCGCUCAAGACAGUCAAUCCUCCAUCCCCAAGUCAAUCGAUGGCUUCCAGGCCAAGGAGAAUCAGAACGGUGGCGGCCAAAAAUCCCGAAAGAAGAAAAAGCAGAAACAACGUCGAGUUGAUCUAGCAUCCCACGCUAUGAAUAACACUACCAAUAAAUGGGAGGCAGGAAAGAAAGAUAUCGAAUUUCUUUCCUCGCGGGCCUGCGCUUUGCAGAGGGAGAAAAUUGCCUCGACUUAUCAUGAAAAUUCAAUGUCACUCUGUGCAACAAUCAGAGUCUUGGCACAGGCCCAUGCGCCCACAGACAUCCAUGAGAUUGAAGACGAUCCUGUACUCGUCACGCAAGUGGGGGAGCUUAGUCACAAGUACCCCGGAAUCAAUCCGUUGACUUUAAGCGGCUUGAUUCGAAUUGCAAAUAAUGAAAUCCCAGCCGCAGAUGAACUGGCUGACACUUUGGCUCGCCGCCCUGAUCUGACUUCGGUUUCAAAUAUUAUCAGUUUCGUGUCAUCCCCGGUUGCUCUCGGUGACGAAGAGGAGAAUUUGGCCCCAACUCAGCAGACAGAUAGUGCUUCGGAUUUCAUGGAUUUCAACGAAGCUGCUGCUGCCGCCAACUCUCACUUCGCAGCGCGAUCAGUUGCGCUUGCCCAGGCAUCCCAGGCCGCCCGCCGCGCACGCUCCAACCCCCUCUACGGCGGCGCCUCUGCAUACUACCGGGACGUCGGAAACGAGCAACGCCAGCUUGCAAUGCGGCAUUUGGCCACAGCUUCAGACCGGCUGGUGGCCCGCCAGUCGACCCAAUACGACCUGGAUCUGCAUGGUGUGACGGUGGCAAACGCGAUCAGAAUCGCCCGUGAGCGCGUGCAGGCGUGGUGGGACGGGCUGGGGGAUCAGAAGUACGUUCGUGGUGGGGGACAACACUCCCAUGGCGGGUUCAAUAUUGUGUGCGGUGUUGGUCACCACUCCCUCGACCGCAAGUCACAUAUUGGACCCGCCGUGUGGAACAUGCUGUUGAAGGAGGGGUGGCGCGUGGAGCUUAAUCGGGGCUCCAUACUUUUGUCCUCAACGCGCAAGCCUCCUCAUUCGAAGACAAGCACCAAGGCUCUUAUAGCUGCACCGACCAUUCCUUUUUUCGGUGCCUUCUUUAGCUCCAACCGCACCCCUGAACAAACAACCGAAACCAUGUCGCCCCCCAACCAGAGAAGCGAAGAUGAGUGGAGAGCUGUUCUGAACCCAGAACAAUUCCGCAUUCUCCGUGAGAAGGGUACUGAGCGCGCUGGCACCGGUGAAUACGAUUCCCACUACCCGUCCAAAGGCGUCUACAAUUGUGCUGGUUGCGAUGCGCCACUUUAUACUGCCGAUCACAAGUUCAAAUCUGGCUGUGGAUGGCCAGCAUACUUUGAUUCCAUCCCUGGUGCUGUAACUAGACACGUUGAUACCACAUUUGGCAUGAAGCGGACAGAGAUCGUAUGCACGAACUGUGGGGGUCACCUCGGCCAUGUAUUCGAGGGUGAGGGGUAUCAGACUCCCACGGAUGAGCGUCACUGUGUGAAUAGUGUCAGUCUGCGUUUUACAGAAGAUGCCAGCGCUGCUAAGAAUCCUCGGGCGAAAGCUUGA